CUCGCGACUUAUGUCUCCUCGCUCCCCGUCGUCUGCGUCAGCGUUGCCGGCAGGAGCCACUGGCCUUCCAGCCAACUUCGUUGAGGCCCACAGGAAGAUGUUAUCUUGGGUGCAUUCGCAGCGGCGCUUGCUGCCCCCUCCAAAAUUCAUGUUUUGUCUAAGUGAUAAGAAGUUUCCUAACAGAGACGUGAUCAGCGGAGAGAUCGUCCGCCCUGAGAUGCUGUGCAGCGUAGGUCAUCGCCCACGAUCCAUCCUGCACAACACGCCCUCCUGCAGCGGUGGUAGUCAUGGCUCGUCUGAUGAAGGAGGCAAUGUGAAAAACAAGAGCAAUGAGAGGACAAACUCUCUUCGAUGUCCUCACUCGGGCAAUCAUCCUGGUUCUAAUAUAGAAUUCCGGAGUUUACCUGACCAGGGUAGCUUGUCUAGUGAAGAUAAUCGGAGUCCUUUGACUUUAAGUUCUUCUUCAAGAGAUGCGAACACCGACACCAAUACCAAUAAACGGUCUCGUCACAGAUUGUGUCCCUCAGAUCACUCAGUUCCCACCACUCCCAGCUUGUCCCCGAAUGCUCGCUCUCCUUCUAUCCUCAAGCGCUCUGACUCGAGUCCGAAAAUUCCUCAGAGCGCUUCUAUGGAGCUCGUGAAUGAAGGGUCUGUGUCUAAAGCGCCCCCGGCGCUGGCAGACCCGCCCCGUCGCUCGGCUCUCAAGAAGCACCGCGCCAUUUACGGCUCUGAAGCGUAUCCUGAGGUUGAACUCCAGCGUAGUAGCCCGGAUGGGUGUAGUCGCAUUGCGCCGCAUAGUAAUAAAUCGUUGAAUAAUUACAGCAAUGACUUGUCCAUGGAUUACCCACUGAGCUCCCUGAAGUUCUCUUCCGUCCCUAAUUCUUGCUCAAGUUGCAAUCAAAGUCCGUGUUGUAGUUUUGAUUCGUACAACAGCGUCAAUAUUUCUCCCCGCUACAGUAGCGAUGCCGAAUCUCACUCUUCUCAGAGCAACGCACACGGGAUUGAAUCCCAUUUCUCGCCGAUGCUAAAAUCUUACGAGCAGCUGCUUCUGGAUCAGUCCGUUCACAGAAGCGCUUUAAGCGACGAAGCUAACAAAACAUUAGAAGCAGUCGAGAACGAUCUGCGCGAACUUUGCAAUCUGCCUAGGACGAAGCACCUUGUAGGAAGUAACCACUUCAGUUCAUCCCUCACUCGGCAAGACUCAACACCCGGGAAUCUCGAUGAGAAUUCGUCAAAACCUCGCUUUAGUCGACUGCACGGGUCUUUGAAGCGGCGUUCAGAAAAAUCCAGCAAACCGGCGUUCGAUCGAACUCGGUCUGCUGUAGACUUAACUUUGAAAAAUGAAGAAAAUUUCACCACAGCCUCUGAACUCGCACGGAACAUGAGUUCUGGCAAUAUCAAUUACAAAGAAGACGUCAAUUUUUUCAAUGAUAGGAACAUGGAGUCGAUUGGUCGUUCAAUUUCAGCUAAGAGUUUGAUUCUAGGUGAUACUACAAGUAACGAUUCGUCUCGGAAAAAUUCCACGGUCUAUGAAUAUUGCACUUCCAGUCUACCCAAACGUCGUAACGUUCGAAAUUUCCGCAACUCGCUGGACGAACCUUCACCUCCAACCACUCCAGGCAACUUCCAUGCUGAAGACUCUGUAAUUGCAUCCAAGACCCCCAGCUUUGACCAGGCGGUCCACUACAUGCGUGAACAAUACCAUCGUCAGCACGAAUCUUUGGCUCGCCGCCGGCAAUCGGUGGGUAGCAAGACUAAUCAAUUUUCAUCUUUGCCAUACUGUGCCGGGUAUAAUAAACCUUCACCCGAAGCGAGAGGAGCUGGAAGUGACGUGUCAUAUCGGAAUGCGGGAAUGACCGAUGUGUUCAAAGGCUACCCUGGAGAUAUGGCCUACUCGCCAAGUGGAGCGCACCACUUCUGUGGACAAACUUCUGGAGGCAAAUUUUUCCAAGGGAGCCAGCAAUAUUACUACCAUAAAAUGUUGUCAGACCAUUAUGAUCCUGGAAUACAAAUGAGUGGCAACAUGUCGCGGCCACUGGCAUACCACCAAGUUCAGGAACGAACUGCCGUUCCUUCGAAUGCUGAUACUUUUGAAAGAUUUACAGCAGCUACUCCUAACCACCACUGCCAUGAUCCUGGCUGUGGUCAGUGCGGCGACGCACGCUUCGUCGGUGCUCCCGUAGAAAGCCAAAAGGACAUUACCAUACCGAAUUAUUUCAGCAAUAAUAGUAAAGGUUCAGUAAUUCCUGCGAGCCUGAUGCCGCGUUACCAAAUUAGGAACGAAGAACCGUCAAAACAUUUCAAUGACUUGGGAAAAGAAAAUUUAGUUCGGAUGGAUUCGCGUUACGGCACGCAGCAUCCUAACAACAUAGCUCGUGAUACUCCUUGUUCGUUGGGAUGUACUCACGAACCUCAGUCAGUGAACAUGUUCUAUGGACACGAAUUUCACGGCAGUUGUCAGCCCACCACUCCAACUAACAAGGAAGUUCAUGGCCCAACGAAUGCAACUUUUGGUCAAGCUAUUCCAUGUUGCGACCAUCACCGACCACAGUCGUUCCAAAAUUUUGGAUGCAACGGGCGGGCGCAUAAAGUUCCAACUAGCAUGGACCCGCGAUCAAACCGUCGUCCUUCACAACAUUACUCUCACGACCAGACCGAUGACUCGACCAAUGCACCGACAACUUGGUCUUGGGAACAGCGCAUAGCAGAUGUAGAGAAAUCUUACCCAGACGGUGGGGCGUGGUCUGCGAGCUCUGCUGAGUCCAAUGAAUUCGUCAAGCAUCAGUUACAGCAGCGGCGCUUUACGAGGGCAGAUUCUACCGGGGCCGAACGUUUUGAAAGCCACGCUCAAGGGUGCGCCCAUUUCGGGCCUCAAGCAGCUGCUUCAAAUCGCGAGAUGCAAACGAAAUUAGCUGACGCAAACCGCCGACGUUCAUUAAGCAAAGAGUUAGCGGGAUUAGCCUUGGAUGGACCUCCACGGCGCACGAUUAGUUGUUUACCUACGAACAUCGUUCGCAACGCCUUCAUCAGCCAUGAUCCAUCCUACAAGCUUCUCAAGCACGAUCCUGACGACGAGUCGUCGGAGGCUGGAACUGCAGCAACAUCGGCAGACAAGACAACCUACCGCUACGUGUAGGCGUUACAAGAUGCCAACCCCUACUCGGCUGUGUGGCGUGCUCAAGGACUCCGUCUUCCUACCGAUCUUGGAUUGAGUGUUCAUAACUGC